ACCUGGUGCCGGCUGCGCAGCGUCCGCCCGCGGCCGGCCGGCCGCCGCCUGCACGCGACGGCCGGUCUGCGGCGCGACCAGCCGGCGAGCUCGCAGCUGGUGCCGCGCACCAUCUUCGCUGAUGCUAAGGAGAAGAACAAGGAGACCUAUCUGGCGGCCAUGGACAUGUUCCACGAGAUGACGGUACACAAGAGGGGGCACGUCGAGUUCAUCUACGCCGCGCUCAAGGAGAUGGAGAACUUCGGUGUCCACAAGGACCUAGAAGCCUAUAAGAAGGUGCUGGGCGUGUUCCCGACCGCCCAGCUGGUCUCCACCAAUGUGUUUCAGGUGGAGUUCAUGCACUACCCGCGCCAGCAGAACUGCGCCAUCGACGUCCUCCAGCAGAUCGAGGACAAUGGCGUGAUGCCCGACUUGGAGCUGCGCGACCAGCUGAUCAACAUCUUCGGCAAGUUCUCGUUCCCGGUGCGCAAGCUGGCGCGCAUGCUGUACUGGAUGCCGAAAUUCCGCAACCAGUCGCCGUGGCUGCUGCCGCGCCCGCUGCCGAGCGAGGUGCUGGCGCUGGCGCAGCUGGCGGUGGCGCAGAUCUGCUCGGUGGACGCCCGCUCCGAGGUCACGACCUUCGCGGAGGACGAACUGCCAGAGGACGCCGUGGACCGCACCUGGGUGGUGUCCGGACAGAGCCAGCAGCAGCGCGCGCUGCUGGAGGAGCAUCCGACCGACCAGCCGCUCUACGUGGAGGGCGGGUUCCGUGUGUGGCUGCAGGACCAGUCCAUCAGCUACUUCGUGCUGCGCGCCGAGCCCCAGGAGCAGCAGAAACACGAGGGGCUCGACUCAGACGACAUCACCUACCUGGAGAACUGGACGUGGCGGCGCAGCAGCCGGACCGACCGGGAGUCGGCCUGGGACGAGAGGCCGCCCAGCGUGCACAAGCAGGAGGACGGCACCAUCAUGGCCGUCUGCGUCACGGGCACCUCGAGCCGCGACUCGCUUCUCUCGUGGAUUCGGCUGCUGCAGCGGCGCUCCCCGCGGCUCGCCGAGCUGCCCGUCCUCUUCACGCUGCGCUCGCCGGUCACAGAUGUCGCCACCGUCUCCGAACCCGACGCUGGUGACGUCACACCCGACCCGCGGUGACGUCACACCCGCGUAGCGGUCCUGUAUUACCGGCGGCAGCGGGUGGCCUGUUUUCGAGCCGCUUUUCGAAGUUUGCUCACCAGUGACGAAGUCAAAUGUGGGCGACCUGGACGAGGACGGGUGAGAGUGACGUCACGCAAAAGUCAUGACGUCACGCCAGGGCUGCCUCCCAUGAUGAUUGCAGUGCUCUGGGCUUCGAUAACGGCCACCGGACAAGACAGUCGUGGAAGGAUCACCCACGCAGAAGGGUUACAGCCGCCAGUCUCUUGUCUGCGAUGUGUCUAGUGAUCGUGCCGUACCCAGCACGGCGCCGCGGCAUCUGGCGUGUAUCAAAUGCAACGGAAAGGCGA